GGUUUUUCAUUUCUCUCUCUGGUUUUGGUUUGCUCUGGUUUUUCGAUCUUUCUGUUGAAAUAAUCAUACAAUCGCCAUGGAAGACAACUUCGAAGCUACCCAUUUCGAUGAAAAUGAUUUGGUAAAUGGGCAUUCAGAUAACAAUCACGGUUGGCAAAAGGUUACCUACGCGAAGCGUAAUAGGAAACAACCGGCAAAACAGUUGGAUUCCGGGAAGAUCUUGUCAAAUGGAUCAGAUGGGAUAUUUCAGUCGCUGGAGAAGCAGUCUGAUGAGAGGAGGAAGCGAUUGGCAGCUCAGAAAGCUGCGGGAUCGGGAUCCGAGUUGCAGAUGAAAUCGAAGGGGCGAUCUGAUGAUGAAGAUGAUGAUAGCGAUACAGAAGGGGAUGCGGCUAAUAAGGUUUCAGAUGAGAAGAAGGUGAAGCCAAAGAAGAUUAAGAAACCUAAGGUUACGGUUGCUGAAGCUGCUGCGAAAAUAGAUGUGGAUGAUCUGUCAGCUUUUCUUAUCGACAUUUCCGCUUCAUAUGAAUCCCAGCAGGAUAUUCAAAUGAUGCGGUUUGCUGAUUAUUUUGGUAGAGCCUUUUCAUCUGUAAGUGCAGCCCAAUUUCCAUGGUCUAAGAUGUUCAGGGAGUCAGCCAUUGCAAAGAUUGCAGAUGUACCUCUGAAUCAUAUUUCAGAAGCUGUUUAUAAGACAUCAAUUGACUGGAUCAACCAACGAUCACCAGAGGCACUUCACUCAUUUUCGAUAUGGUGUUUAGAGAGUAUUCUUUCUGACCUGUCUGGUCAACUAGCGAGUGGUAAGGGCUUGAAAAAGGGUGCUCAGCCAACAUCGUCAAAAUCUCAGGUAGCUAUAUUUGCUGUUUUAGCAAUGGUCUUAAGGAGGAAGCCUGAUGUUUUAAUCAGUAUAUUGCCAACAAUGCGAGAAAAUUCUAAAUUCCAUGGACAAGAUAAGCUUCCUGUCAUUAUAUGGAUGAUAGUUCAGGCAAGUCAUGGAGAUCUCGGUGUGGGAUUUUAUACAUGGACACAUUAUCUUUUGCCUACUCUUAGUGGGAAAUCUAAUAAUCCACAAUCAAGGGAUUUGAUCUUACAGUCGGCUGAAAGAAUCCUUUCUUCACCGAAAGCUCGCACAAUUCUUGUAAAUGGUGCUAUUAGAAAGGGUGAGCGUUUAUUUGCACCUGCAGAUUUUGAUUUGCUUUUACGGGUGACUUUUCCUAUACCUUCUGCUAGAGUAAAGGCUACUGAGAGGUUUGAAGCCAUUUAUCCUGUUCUCAAGGAGGUUGCUCUUGCUGGUCCACCUGGUAGCAAAUCCGUGAAACAAGCAUCACAACAGAUGUUUGGUUUCGCAAUUAAAGCUGCUGGAGAAGCCAACCCUGUGUUAUCCAAGGAAGCAACAGGCAUUGCCAUUUGGUGCCUGACCCAAAAUUCCGAAUGCUUCAAGCUAUGGGACAAACUUUACUUGGAUAAUCUGGAGGCAAGUGUUUCGGUUCUGAAAAAGCUGGCCGAGGAAUGGAAAGAAUUCAGCGGAAAACAACUCAAUUUUGAAUCUCCUAAGGAAACCCUCAAGAGUUUUGUUAUUAAGAACGAGAAGGCAUUGGGUGAUGACAAUGAGGAAGAUGGCAACCGUUUAGCAGCUUUUAAGGAGGCGGACAAAUAUAGCAAAUUGAUUGUCAGACGAUUGUCUGGUGGUGGCGGUUGUGGCAGUUGCAUGAAAGGUUUGGCCUUUGUGGUGGUUGCAUUGGGGGUUGGUUUUGCUGUUACGUCACCCCCUGACAUCAUUAUCGAGUCGUUGGAUUGGAACAAAUUGUCCGCCUUUUUUAAUGCCCAACGAUCCUUUUAAGCAACCCGACGUCUGGUAAACUAAUCGAAACUUAAACCCCUGAACAAAGUUGAAACCAGCGUUUUUUUUUUUCGUUUUUUUUGUUACACCAAGGGAUGAACUUAGGAUUAAUUCUUGUAUUUUCUUAUGUCAUUUUAUUUUCAUUUGGAAUUUUCUUAUUUGGAUUAGUCAUAAAAUAUUAGUGGAUACCAACUAGCAGGAUAAAAGGUGUAGUUGAGAUGAUAAAGUUAUUUUUCUUA